CUUAUGAAACCCGGACAACCAAUAAAGACAAUAGGUCGAAAUUUAGCUGGACUAUGGAGACCUUCUUUUGUAAAAGUAGAUCAACGAUUAUAUGUAUUUGGUGGCGGAGGUAAUGUCACUGAUGACUUGCACUAUCUUGAUUUGAAACAAAUGCGUUGGGAGACGAUUCAGGUU